ACCCUGCUCCACCCGGGACCGUUCUCCUCGAGCUGAUUCUCACGCACAGCAGUUGUACAGUGAGAGCAUCAGCACUGACUUCUGCUGCAAGGCUUUCACAAUAAACACAAACAACCUCAAUGCAACAAUGCGGAUUUUACAGUGUGCCAUGAUUUGGGCUUUAGGUUUAGCUGUCCCAGCACAGCUUCUUCCUGAGGCCAACAAUAUGUGUUCAGAGGGAAGCUGUUACCCUGCCACAGGCGACCUGCUGAUCGGCAGAGCUCAUCGCCUUACAGCCUCGUCCACCUGCGGGCUGCACACUCCCGAACGCUUCUGCAUUGUCAGCAACCUUCCGGCUGAGAAGUGUUUUGAGUGUGACUCUCGAGGACUCUACAACAAGGUCACACACCCCAACAGCCACACCAUUGACAACGUGGUCACAACCUUUACUCCCAACCGUCUCGUAACAUGGUGGCAGUCUGAGAACGGAGUGGAAAAUGUGGCCAUUCAACUGGACUUAGAAGCUGAAUUUCACUUCACACAUAUCAUCAUGACCUUUAAGACAUUUCGUCCUGCUGCCAUGGUGAUUGAGCGUUCAUCAGACUUUGGCCAGACCUGGCAGGUGUACCGUUACUUUGCUUUCAACUGCUCUGCUUCAUUUCCACACAUAUCCCAGGGACCAGUGAAGGGUGUUGAUGAUGUCAUCUGUGACUCCCGAUACUCUAAUAUUGAGCCUUCAACAGAGGGAGAGGUUAUUUUCAGGGCACUUGAUCCAAAAUUUAAGAUUCCUGAUCCCUACAGCCAACGAAUCAAGGAUAUCUUGAGGAUAACUAGCCUGCGAGUACGGAUGGUGAAGUUACACACUCUGGGUGAUAAUCUUCUGGAUGGCCGAGAUGAGGUAAAGCAGAAGUACUACUAUGCUCUUUAUGACAUGGUUGUCCGCGGCAGCUGUUUCUGUUAUGGCCACGCCUCCGAGUGUGCACCAGUGGACGACAUCGAUGCAGGGCCUGAAGGCAUGGUACAUGGUCUUUGUGUGUGUAAUCAUCACACCACUGGUUUAAACUGUGAGAAGUGUCAAGACUUUUAUCAAGAUACACCAUGGAGACCAGCAGCGGGCCGAAACGCCAAUCCGUGCAAGCGGUGUGAGUGUAACCAGCACGCAUACUCGUGUCACUUCGACAUGGCCGUGUAUGUGUCGUCGGGGAACAUGAGUGGAGGAGUGUGUGAUGGUUGUCAACACAACACACAGGGGCAGCACUGUGAGGUUUGCAAGCCCUUCUACUACCUGCAUCCCAAAAGGGACAUAAGAGACCCUCGCAUCUGUGAACCAUGUGACUGUGACUCACGGGGCUCACUGAACGGUGGUGUGUGUGACAGCGUGACUGACGUAAUGAAGGGCUUGAUCGCCGGUCAGUGUCACUGUAAACAGAAUGUGGAGGGAGAACGCUGUGAUCACUGCAAACAAGGACACUACGGACUUGGCCAAGACCCGCUAGGCUGCCUCUCAUGCAGCUGUAAUCCUCUGGGUACUCUUCCUGGAGGAAGUCCUUGUGACACAGAUACAGGAAUGUGUUAUUGCAAACGCUUGGUCACGGGGAGAAACUGUGACCAGUGUCAGCCUCAACAUUGGGGCCUGAGCACAGAUAAGGAUGGCUGUCGGCCAUGUGACUGUGAUUUUGGAGGAGCUCUGAACAACGAUUGUUCUCCACAGACGGGGCAGUGUGUGUGUAGAGAGCACAUGUUUGGCAGGCGCUGUGACAACAUAAAGCCUGGUUAUUAUUUCACUGCACUUGACCACUACACUUAUGAAGGAGAGGAAGCAAAAUUCAAACCGGCAGUGACUGUGGUGGCGAGGACUCUGCCCGUAGAUCGGCCCCUGACCUGGACUGGUAUUGGAUUCGCCAACGUACCUGAAGGAGAAACACUUGAGUUUACCAUUGACAACAUCCCACAGUCUAUGGAAUAUGAGUUGUUAAUCCGCUAUGAACCUCAGUUGCCUGAUGUGUGGGAGCAGGUAAGGAUAGAUGUGGUACGUGCUGGCCAUCCCUCCCCAUCUGCACACUGUUCAGCUCCUUAUGCUGACCAUCAGAUGACCUCCCUUCCUCCAGGCUCCAGGUAUGUGGUACUGCCCAGGCCACUGUGUUUGGAAAAGGGCCAGAAAUACACAGUGAAAAUGAUUCUAGCGCUUUUUUCAUCAAAUGAUCUUCAUCACGAGCCACACAUACUGAUUGACUCUAUUGUGCUGUUGCCUGUGGUGCAAGAUCUGGAGCUGUUCUCAGGGGCAGCUGACAGAGAGGAAGCGUGGGAAAUGUUUCAGAAAUACCGCUGUCUUGAGAACAGCAAGAGUGUCCAGAAAUUACCCAUGACCAACAUCUGCAGAGAAUACAUCUUCAGCACAUCUGCCCUGCUGCACCAGGGAGCUAUGGAAUGUGAGUGUGACCCACUAGGCUCUCUCAGUACGAUGUGUGAACCUAAUGGUGGCCAGUGCCCAUGCAGGCCGAAUGUAGUGGGCAGGAAUUGUGACCGCUGUGCCCUGGGCACCCUUCAACUCGGACCCUCUGGCUGCAGGCCAUGUGAGUGUGACCCGUUGGGCUCCAUGAACGCUUUCUGCAAUUCGACCACAGGCCAGUGCUUGUGUUUACCUGGUGUUUACGGACGUCAGUGUGCUCACUGUCUGCCCGGACACUGGGGCUUUCCCCAGUGCAAGCCCUGCUUCUGUAAUGGGCAUGAAGAUCAUUGUCACCCUCACACAGGCCAGUGCUUGGAGUGCAGAGACCACACCACAGGAGACCAGUGUGAGAGGUGUGAGAAAGGCUACCAUGGCAACGCAUUACUAGGCAGCGGUGACCGCUGUCGGCCCUGUAUGUGUCCAGAAGGCCCAGGGAGUGGAAGACAGUUUGCAGAUACCUGCUACCAAAACCCCAACUCACUCCAGCUCUUCUGUGUUUGCAGCCAAGGAUACAAAGGACCAAGGUGUGAGGAAUGUGCACCUGGUUACUAUGGAAACCCAUUAGUGUCAGGUGGACGGUGCCACCCAUGCCGGUGUAACGGCAACAUUGACAUGCAUGACCCGAUGUCCUGUGAUGCUCGCACAGGCACCUGCCUCAGAUGCCUGCACAACACUGUGGGCCAGGCGUGUGAUCGCUGUCGCCAUGGCUACUAUGGAGAUGCGAGUACACAGAAAUGCCAGAAGUGUAUGUGCCAGCCUUUGGGCACUGAUAGUCACAGGUGUGUAGAUGGUGAGUGUGAGUGUGAACAGGUCAGUGGGCAGUGCCCUUGUCUUCCGGGUGUAGAAGGUCAGCACUGUGACCACUGUGCCCCCAACACCUGGAACUUUCACAGUGGAAAAGGCUGCGAGCCAUGCCAGUGUCACCCCACACACUCUUAUGGCCUGUCCUGCGAUGGGAUGUCCGGUCAGUGCUCCUGUAUGCCAGGGUUCGGUGGCAGAACCUGUGAUGAGUGUAGAGCUCUGUUCUGGGGUGAUCCAGAGGUCAAGUGUCAUGCAUGUGACUGUGACCCCCAAGGUAUCUCUACACCACAAUGUAACAAGUCAACAGGAGCAUGUGUAUGUGUGAAGGGUGUAGCCGGUCAGCGGUGUGACUCCUGUGGACGGGGCUAUGUGGGAACUUUCCCAGACUGCCAGCCGUGCCAUCAGUGCUUCCGUGAAUGGGAUGUCACCGUGGGUGAGCUGACCAAUCAGACGCAGCAAUUGGUGGACAUUGUGGAAAACCUGAAAGUGACAGGUGUGACAGCAGCCUAUAAGGGCACGAUAGACAAAAUGGAAAGUGAAGCCAAGAAGCUCACUCAGAUCCUAGAGGAUGACAAAACUCAACAAACUCUUAGACACACUCAAGAGCUUCUGCAGCAGUCCAAGAGGCUCGUGUCUGAUCUGGACCGCUCCCUGAACCAUUCGGAGGUCGACAUACAUCAGAUCUCUGAGGAACAUGACAGGGUCGCAGAAAAGCUUGAAUCACUCAGUCUGGACACUCAGAAACAGCAAGAAAGCAUUAAUAACACACAGCAACAGGUGCUGCGCAUGAAACACUCAGACCCAGUCGGUGCAGUAGACAGCAUUAAGGAAUAUUACCAGCAGUCAGUGGAGGCAGAAAGCCAGGUGAACAGGGCCACCACAGACACACACAACCCAGUGGAGCAGUCAGCUGGUCUACGGCAAGCCACACAGGCCAGAAUCGAUGCAGUGACGGGAGAGUUUGAGCUCAGACAACGGGUGGACUCUGAGCUACUGAAAACUCUGAACCAGGAGCUGGAGCCAAAGGAUGUUUCACAUCUCAGCCAGCAGGUGUGUGGUGGAGAGAUGAGUGAAAAUGGCUGUGGAGAAUGCGGAGGUUUCGGGUGUGUGGGUGAAGACGGUGAGCCUCAGUGUGGAGGACAGGACUGUGAAGGUGUGGUUACUCAAACAAACAAUGUGUGGAAAAAAGCUAAAGACCUGGACAAGGACAUCAUGGACUCGCUAAAAGAAGUGGAUAAGCUCCAGAGGAUGGUUUCAGCUGCUCAAGGACGGGCAGACGAGGGUAAAGUCAGUGCACAGGACAUCCUGUUGAAGGCCAAUCAGAGCAAAGCAAGAGUUGAGCAGACCAAUCAGGAGCUACGAGAGCUAAUUCAGCAGAUACGAGACUUUCUUUCAAGUGGAACAGACCUGGAGCGGAUUGAAGCUGUGUCUGAUGAGGUUUUGAAGGUAAAGAUGCCGGUGGUUGCUGGCGAGUUGAAGAACGUGACCACAGAGCUCCGGCAGCACGUCGCCAGUCUGACCGGUGUGGAUGAUGUUCUGGCUCAAAGUGCUGAACAAGCUCAAACAGCUGAGAGACUGCUGCAACAGGCACGCACCAUCAGUGAUGAAGCUACACACCUGAGGGAGGAAGUGAGCAAAGUGACGGCAACGCUAAACGAGACCGACCAAGCUCAAGUUGCAGCAGAAGAGAACUUGACAGCCGCCAAGAUAGACCUGGGGAAUGCAAAGCAACUAAUAACCACUGUGGAAUCAGAGACAGUUGAAUCUGAGUUUAUGCUGAGUAAUGCCACUCAGCGGUUGCUGGAGCUCAAGACAAACGUGGAUGCAGUGCGACAGAAAACACAGGACAUUUCUAACAAAGCAGAACUUGCUGAAAGCAAAGCAGACGACUCCACUGAGGACACGGAGCAAACCAAACGGACACUAGAUUUAGAGGUGAAGCCUAAGUUCCAGUCAGUUAGUGGCCUGAUGGAGGACAAAGCGGUGGGUGUGUCUGAUGCACGCCAGAGAGCAGAACAGCUGCAGCAGGAAGCAAAAGACUUAGUCACUGACGCCAUCAAAAAAUUACAGAAUUUAAAUGAGCUGGAGCGGUCAUUCUCAGUGAAUCAGAGGACUCUGGAAGAGAAAGCACAGGAGGUGGAAGAGCUGGAGAAAGAAGCACAGGCCUUGCUACAGGAGCUCAGCCACAGUGUCACGGUUUACGGCACCUGUCAGUAACAACGAUCCCAAAAGUGAUUCAUUUAUAAACACCACAUAAUUGAUUCUUUCUAACACUGAAUUAAUUUAAUCACACCCCUUUCCCCUCUAGACUUACUUGUAUUAUACAAUACCUGUUUUGACUGUAACAUUAAGCUGAGUAAUGAUGACAUUCUGGUACCAACACACACACACACACACACACACACACACACACACACACACACACACACACACACCCAUCUGCGAAGCCAGUAUUUUUCACUUCUGAGAAACUCAAAAACUGAGCAAAAUUUAUAAUAAUCGAUAAAUUUAAAAAAUAAAAUAAAAUACACCUUUAAAGGUUAAGCUAAUCAAAAUACAGGGAUUAGAUUUGAGGUCUAAGAUGAUUUGUUUAAAAAAAGUUGUGUCACAGAAAACACGAUCCCUGCUUUGAUUUCUGUCAUUUUUCAUUCAGUAUCCGUACCAUAAACAGCCAAACAUACAGAAUUUCCAUAUGGUAACAAGUAACCAGAUGUAAAUACAAAUAAAUAGAAAUAAUCUUUUUUUAAAAUGCAUUGUAGAGUCACGUAUAGUAAAAAGUAAUACGUUCAUUAGAGAGAUCAUUUUCCUUUGAUUAAUAUUUAAGUAAGCAUUUUUUUUUUUAAGUUAUUUUCAUCCCUGAUAUGUUUGGCACAUUUGGUUGCUAAGCAUCAACUUAUUUAUUCAACAUUGUGAAAACAAGAUAGAGGAAUUAAAGAUGAAAAAUAAUAAUUAACCUAGUCCAUUGCUACAAAUAGCAAGCUGAUUUAAAAAAUUAAGGUAAUGCAAUAAUCUGACUUGUUUUUUUUCCACUUAAAUCAUAGCACUUAUUUUUAAUACUAUUUAUUUCUACAUGUAUGCCCCCAGUACGCAGCUGGAAAUUAAGUAAAUGUAAAGGUUUUUUUUGUUUUUUUUUUACAAAAACUAAAUUCAUUCUUACAAAGACUCCCUCGUGUUACUAACUGCCCACAAUUUAAUACAUUAACAAUGUUUACCAAUAGUCCAAUAGUUCAAAGCACCCUGAAAAUUUUAUAUGUUCUAUAUCUAUAAUACUAUUUUACCUGCAUAUGAGACCAAAGUAGACUAACAGUAGACUAUAAAAGAGGAACAAACAAACUUUUAGCUUUAACUACAGCUUCCUAACUUUAUUAUUAAUUGUCAAACCCACACAAGCUGACUGUCUCCUGCUUUAUAAUUGUGUGUGUGUGUGUGUGUGUGUGUGUGUGUGUGUGUGUGUGUGUGUGUGUGUGUGUGUGUGUGUGUGUGUCUGACAUUUUACGAAUAAAUAUGUGUCCAAUAAUUACAAAAUCUCCAGCGAAAAAGAGACCAGUGGAAGAGGUUUUAAAUAUAAACUAUGAAUAAUAUUUUUUUACUCUCCUUACUAUUAAAAUAGAACCUUGGAAUUAUAA